AUGAUAAUGACUUUAGAGGCAAAGAACAAACUUGGCUUUGUGGAUGGGAUGAUCAAAGCACCAACCACAACCAGCGCCAAAUACCCCAUCUGGAGGAGAUGUAACCAGAUGAUCAAGUCUUGGAUCCUCAACUCCAUCAGCCCCUCUUUGGCCAACACCGUCAUCUAUGCAAAUACAACUGCUGAGCACAAGUUGCAUGGAAAGGCAAUCAAGCCACCAAGUAGAAACAAGCAUGCAGCCAAUAAUACCAAUAAGGAGGGAGCCAAGACAUCUGCUGCCAAGACCCCUGAAGAUUUAAAAUUUACAACUAAUGAAGUAUGCCAAAUCAAGGCAAUCCUUCGAGGUGAUGGUAAAAACCAAGCAUCUACAAACGCCACAGGUAUGACUAAACCUCAGUGCUAUACCUUUGCCACUGAUCAUCCAGAUUACUGGAUCAUUGAUAGCGGUGCAAGUGAUCAUAUUACUUUUUCAUCCAAAUUAAUCCCAGAAAAAUCCUCACCUUUUAAUUCCUCGAUCACCAUGCCAAAUGGAACACAAGCAAAAAUCACUUGUGUUGGCACUACUACAAAAAGUGAAAAACACGACCAGAAAAACACGACGGUCUAA